AUGUCGCUCUCUUCCGAUCAGCUCUGGAAUGAGGAGCUUGAUAAAGCGGAGCAUGAAUUGCGUGUUACUCAGACAGAGUUUGACGGACAGGCUGAGGUCACCAGACUCCUCCUGGAGGGCAUCAGCAACACACACGUGAAUCACCUGCGCUGCCUGUGUGAGUUUGUGGAAGCGCAGGCGAUGUAUUACAGUCAGUGUCACAAGUACAUGCUGGAGCUGCAGAGCGAGCUGGGCAGAAGAUGCCCCGACUCUUUGGAUGUGAAUUCCCAUCCCGCCAGAAGCCCCACGGACCCGUCUGCCUUCCUGCCGCUGAACUCUGCGUCUCCUCUGGAAACAGACGCUCUGCAGAUUGAAGAAGUUCAGCCGCCAGCCAGCGGCACACGCAAGGCCAAAGUGCUGUAUGACUAUGACGCUGCAGACUCCAGUGAGCUCUCGUUGUGGGCCGAUGAGCUCAUCACCGUGUACACAGUGCCUGGAAUGGACUCUGAUUGGCUGAUUGGAGAGCGAGGAAACCAGAAGGGGAAGGUGCCUGUUACAUAUCUGGAGCUGUUGAGCUAAAGAGGCGAGACACGCACACAUGCACACAGUUUCCAGCUUUAACACCCAGCAAUGAGCAAACGGAAUCAUGGA